CAGGAUCCAGGAAGCAGCCAAUCAGAGAGCGGCUGGCAGGAAACACGGCGGUCAGGAAGAACCAGUCCGGACGGUUCUGUUUCACCACCUGCUGCCGCUACUGGUUCUACUGGCGGCUCGGUUCUGGUUCAGCUGGCCGGGAGAAGUUAGCUGGACCCGGAGAGGGAGGCGGUACCGACUGUGAGAGCAGCAGGGAGCACCUGCCCGCCUCCAGGAACUAAACUGAUCCCAAAGGGAGCCGAAACUCCGGCGGACACCUGUUGUUGCUGCUUCCAGAACCGGAACCUGAGGGACCGGGACCGAACCGGACCGAGGUGGAGUCCUGAUGGGGUUCAGAGGGCUGUAGACGGACUGAGGGACAGAGAGGAAGAAUGUCUGUGAACGAGCUGUUCACCAAGUUCACGCGGGUCUGGAUCCCGGACCAGGAUGACGUGUGGAAAGCGGCUGAGAUCACCAAAGACUACAAAGAGGGAGAACCGGUCCUCCACCUGCAGCUGGAGGAUGGAACGCCCCUGGAGUACCAGGUGGGUCCAAAAUCCAACGCGCUGCCGUUCCUGAGGAACCCCGACAUCCUGGUGGGAGAGAACGACCUGACGGCGCUCAGUUACCUUCAUGAACCCGCCGUGUUGCACAACCUGAGGGUCCGGUUCCUGGAGUCCAACAACAUCUACACCUACUGUGGUAUCGUCCUGGUGGCCAUCAACCCGUACGAACAGCUGCAGAUCUAUGGAGAGGAGGUGAUCACCGCCUACAGCGGUCAGAACAUGGGAGACAUGGACCCUCACAUCUUCGCCGUGGCCGAGGAGGCGUACAAACAGAUGGCCAGAGACGAGAAGAAUCAGUCGAUCAUCGUUAGCGGAGAAUCCGGAGCAGGAAAGACGGUUUCGGCCAAGUAUGCCAUGAGGUACUUUGCCACGGUGGGCGGCUCCUCCAGCGACGCCAACGUUGAGGAGAAGGUCCUGGCCUCCAAUCCAAUCAUGGAGGCCAUUGGGAACGCCAAGACCACCAGGAACGACAACAGCAGCCGCUUUGGGAAGUACAUCCAGAUCGUGUUCAGCAGGCAUUACCACAUCAUCGGAGCCAACAUGAGGACCUACCUGCUGGAGAAGUCCCGCGUCGUCUUCCAGGCAGAAGAAGAGCGGAACUAUCACAUCUUCUACCAGCUGUGCGCCUCGGCCGCUUUACCCGAGUUUAAGGAGCUCGGCCUCACGAGUGCAGAGGACUUCACCUACACCUCUUUAGGGGAGAACAUCUUCAUUGAAGGAGUAAAUGAUGCUGAGGACCUUAAACGGACCAGAGAGGCCUUCACCCUACUGGGUAUAAAGGAGAGCAAUCAGAGCGGCAUCUUUAAGAUCUUGGCCUCCAUCCUUCACCUGGGGAACGUGGAGAUCAUCUCUGAGCGUGACGGAGAGUCCUGCCACGUCGGUAGGAACGACGUCCACCUGGAGCACUUCUGCAGACUUCUGGGCGUGGAGCUGAAGCAGAUGGACCACUGGCUGUGCCACAGGAAGCUGGCCACCGCCUCGGAGACCUACGUGAAGACCAUGUCGUGCAAACAGGCGAACAAUGCGCGUGACGCUCUGGCCAAGCACAUCUAUGCCCGCCUCUUCGACUGGAUCGUGGAGCACAUCAACAAGGCGCUGCAGACGUCCUCCAAGCAGCACUCCUUCAUCGGCGUCCUGGACAUCUACGGCUUCGAGACCUUCGAGGUCAACAGCUUCGAGCAGUUCUGCAUCAACUACGCCAACGAGAAGCUCCAACAGCAGUUCAACUCGCACGUCUUCAAGCUGGAGCAGGAGGAGUACAUGAAGGAGCAGAUCCCCUGGACCCUCAUCGACUUCUACGACAACCAGCCCUGCAUCGACCUGAUCGAGGCCCGGCUUGGCAUCCUGGACCUGCUGGACGAGGAGUGCAAGGUUCCAAAGGGAACGGAUCAGAACUGGGCCCAGAAGCUCUACAAGCAGCACUCUGGCAGCGCACACUUCCAGAAACCCAGAAUGUCCAACACGUCCUUCAUCAUCAUCCACUUCGCCGACAAGGUGGAGUAUCAGUGUGAAGGCUUCCUGGAGAAGAACAGAGACACCGUCUAUGAGGAGCAGAUCAACAUCCUGAAGGCCAGCCAGUUCCAACUGGUUGCUGACCUGUUCCAAGAGAAGGAUGACCUUCCCUCCUCCAAAUCCUCCAAGGUCAACGUCCGCUCCCUGAAAACCGUCCCCAAGGUUCCUAACAAGGAGCACAGGAAGACUGUGGGACAUCAGUUCCGCUCGUCGCUGCAUCUCCUAAUGGACACUCUGAACGCCACGACGCCUCACUACGUCCGCUGCAUCAAACCCAACGACUUCAAGGAGGCCUUCUCGUUCGACUCCCGGCGGGCCGUCCAGCAGCUCCGAGCCUGCGGAGUUCUGGAGACGAUCCGGAUCAGCGCCGCCGGGUAUCCGUCCAGGUGGACCUACCCGGACUUCUUCAGCAGGUACCGGGUUCUGAUGAGGAAGUCGGACCUCAGCUCCGCCGAUAAGAAGCAGGUUUGCAAGAACCUGCUGGAGACGCUGAUAAAGGAACCGGACAUGUUCCAGUUUGGAAAGACGAAGAUCUUCUUCCGGGCCGGUCAGGUGGCCUACCUGGAGAAGCUCCGGACCGAUAAGUUCCGCUCGGCCUGCAUCAAGAUCCAGAAGACGGUCCGAGGCUGGCUGCAGAGGAUCCGGUACCGGAAGAUCCGCAGAGCCGCGCUGGAGCUGCAGAGAUACGGCCGGGGAUACCUGGCCCGCAGGUAUGCGGAGUUCCUGCGUCAGAACCGGGCCGCCCUGAUCUGUCAGAAACAGUACCGCAUGGUCCGAGAGAGGAGGAAGUUCCUGAGGAUCCGACGGGCCGCCAUGACCAUCCAGGCCUACACCAGAGGGAUGUUCACCCGCAGGAUCUACUGGGAGUUCCUGCUGCACCACAAGGCCAUGAUCAUCCAGAAGCACGUCCGCGGCUGGCUGCAGAGGAAGAAGUUCCUGCGGGCGCGCAACGCCGCCAUCGUCAUCCAGUGCGGCUUCAGAAGGAUGCAGGCCAAGCGGCUCCUGAAGCAGCGGAAGAUCGAAGCGCGCUCCGCACAGCAUCUGAAGAAGCUCAACACAGGGAUGGAGAACAAGAUCGUCCAGCUGACGAGGAAGAUGGACGAGCAGUCCAAGGAGCUGAAGACGCAGAACGAGCAGCUGCUGACGGUGAACGCCUCCCUGGGCUCAGAGGUCACUAAGCUGCAGAAGGAGCUGGAGUUGGUCCGGAACCAGCAGCCCGACGGAGGCAAGGUGAUGUCACUACAGGAGGAGGUGGAGAAGCUGAGGGAGGAGCUGCAGGAGGCGCACACCCAGAGGAAGAAAAUGGAGGAGGAGCACGGCAGUGAGAAGCUGAGCCUCACUCAGCGGGUGGAGGAGCUGGAGAAGGAGAACUCCCUGCUGAAGACUGAGAAGGAGGAAAUGAACCGACGGAUCCAGCAGCAGGCCAAGAACUCUGCAGAGGACCUGAGCAGCUCGUCCCUGGAGACCGAGCUGGAUCAGGAGCGAGAACGCUACCAGAACCUCCUGAAAGAGUUCUCCAGGCUGGAAAUGAGAUAUGAGAACCUGAAGGAGGAGGUGUCCCUGAGCAAGUUCCACCCCGGCCACCGCAGGACCACGUCUGACCAGAUCAGCCUGGAGUCCGACUCCAACUACCCGUCUGUCUCCACCUCCGAGGUGGGAGACACCGAGGACUCCAUCCAGCUGGUGGACGAGAUGGGGGUGGAGAAGGCGGCGAUGGACAUCAGUCUGUUCAUGAAGCUGCAGAAACGAGUCAGAGAGCUGGAGACGGAGAGGAAGAGGCUGCAGGUCAACCUGGACAAGAUGGAGGAGAUCGCCAAGCGUAAGGGUUCUGAGGCCAAGAGCCCAACUUCUGACGUGGAAACUGCAGAUCUGGCCUACAACAACCUGAAGAGACAGGAGCUUGAAUCGGAAAACAAGAAGCUAAAGAACGACCUGAACGACCUGAGGAAGACCAUCUCUGAGCGAGCAUCGCAGGACAGCUCAUCCAGUGAGCUGCAGGACAGCUACAACCUGCUGCUCAGUCAGCUGAGGGCAGCCAACGAGGAGCUCGACGCCCGUAAGGAGGAGGUCCUUAUCCUGAGGACGCAGAUCGUGAGCAACGUCCAGCUGCAGGAGCAGAGCGAACGCAUCGAAAGUGAGGUUGAUGGAGGACUGAACAACAGCAAAGAGCCAAUGGACAAAGAGGAGGCCCUCAAAGCGUACCAUGGACUGUGUGAGUCCAAGAAGCUCCUGGAGGCCCAGCUGCAGACCCAGACCCGGCAGCACCGGGACGAGCUGGAGGCUCUGCACACUCAGAUCGAGCUGCUGAAGGACGACAUCGAGAAAAAGCAGGAGCUCCUCAACUACACCUCGUCUCUGUCCCCGGAGGCCAAGGUGGAGUACAGCGUCCAGCAGGAGAUCACUCGGCUCACCAACGAUAACCUGGACCUCAAGGAGCUGGUGGAGAAACUGGAAAAGAACGAGAGGAAGCUGAAGAAGCAGCUGAGGAUCUACAUGAAGAAGGUCCAGGAGCUGGCAGCUGCUCAGGCUGCGGCUCAGAGCGGCAGCAGCAAGGGGGAGCUGACCCGGCAGGUGACCCUGCAGAGGAAGGAGAAGGACUUUGAGGGGAUGCUGGAGUACAUGAAGGAGGACGAGGCGCUGCUCAUCAAGACGCUCAUCACAGACAUCCGGCCCAGCUCGGUGGCGGCCACCGUCCCCUGCCUGCCCGCCUACAUCCUCUUCAUGUGUAUCCGCCACGCCGACUACGUCAACGACGACCAGAAGGUGGAGUCUCUGCUCACCUCCACCAUCAACGCCAUCAAGAAGGUCCUGAAGAGAAACAACGACGACUUUGAGAUGAUGUCCUUCUGGUUGGCCAACAGCAGCCGGCUGCUGCACUGCCUGAAGCAGUACAGCGGGGAGGAGGCCUUCAUGACCCAGAACACGCCCAAACAGAACGAGCACUGCCUGAAGAACUUCGACCUGGCCGAGUACCGGCAGGUUCUGAGCGACCUCUCCAUCCAGAUCUACCAGCAGCUCAUCAAGGUGGCCGAGGGCAUCAUCCAGCCCAUGAUCGUGUCGGCCAUGUUGGAGAGCGAGAGCAUCCCCAGCCUGGCAGGAGUGAAGCCCAUGGGCUACCGGAACCGCUCGUCCAGCAUGGACACGGACGCGGACGGGCCGACCACCUACACCCUGCAGGGUCUGAUCCGGCAGCUCAGCCAGUUCAACAGCAUCAUGAGGGACCAGGGUCUGGACCCGGAGAUCGUGGGCCAGGUGUUCCGGCAGCUCUUCCACUGCAUCAACGCCGUCACGCUCAACAACCUGCUGCUGCGCAAAGACGUCUGCUCCUGGAGCGCCGGCAUGCAGCUCAGGUAUAACACCAGUCAGCUGGAGGAGUGGCUGCGAGCGAACAACCUGUUCCAGAGCAAAGCUUCUGCCACGCUGGAGCCCAUCAUCCAGGCGGCUCAGCUGCUGCAGGUCAAGAAGAAGACUUCCCAGGACGCUGAGGCCAUCUGCUCGCUGUGCACCGCGCUCACCGUGCAACAGAUCGUGAAGAUCCUGAACCUCUACACGCCGCUGAAUGAGUUUGAGGAGCGCGUCACCGUGUCCUUCAUCAGGAACAUUCAGAGUAACCUCCAGGAGAGGAACGACCCUCCCCAGCUCCUGAUGGACACCAAGCACACCUUCCCCGUCCUCUUCCCCUACGCCCCCUCUGCUCUGAACCUGGAGACCAUGCACAUCCCCGCCUCGCUCGGCCUGGACUUCCUCAUCAGGGUGUGA